CGGUAGCAAUUUUCGUAAUCCAAUAAGUUCUUCAGAUGAACACUGAUGGAUCCUAAAAUAGAUUGAUCCAUCCGAUUUAUUCGCUUGUUUGCUAGAUCCCUCCACAAUGAAAUUCGGUUUUUGGUGAUGCCUAAACAUAUCAUGUGCAUCGGUUCAGAGGGAAAAUCCCUCAACAUAUCUAGUGCAGAUUUUCGAAGGAACGUCUACCACGAUGAUGGAUCCAUUGGGACCUACUACGAAAAGUGACAUCACUUCUCAAGCUGUGUUCACCAUUGGGGAAAAUCAUUCGAGCACCCAGUUGUGUCCCUAAAACCUCAUAUUUGUCACAGUCACCAUUGUGUUCAACAACAUACCUGACGUUGCUACGAGCUGGAGUGUCACAAAUAACAACUUAUUUUACUAUCAAAUGUAACUGAUACUUAACUACAUAAAGGCUCAUUGUCAGCAACUUUUGUAACUCAGUCACAAAUGCUGCAGACAUUUCGAUGAAACCAGAUUGUUUUACUUUACCAUCAUAGUUGCCAGCUAUGAAUAGUUCACUAAGGAAUGAACGUACUAGGCGACUUAGGAUUGGCCACAACUGUUGGUUAGAUCUUCUGAACAACGACAGGCCGCCGUUAUUGAGUUGCAGUUUCAGUUCGCCGAAACUGAAUAUGAGUAGCCGAUUUUCGGAAAUCCUCAGCAAACUUGUUUUCAGCCCAAUGUGGUAGUACACUCCUGUGUCCAAAAAAUCUGGUUCCACAUUAUGGCAACGACUAAGUACUCUUCUAACAGAUAUGGCAGUUCAGGAAUGUACACCCGAAAAAUGUCCAAAAUUAGUGUUAGCUAACACUAACUUAAUAUUCCUCAACUCUACAUCCUAACCUAAAUACUACCUAAGCAACUCUGAAAUUUUAAUUGUUAAGACUGAUUUUCGUUGAAUAUUCAUUCCUAUUCGAAGGUAGAGGUAGGCUUAUCUCUAAGAAGCAGGAUUUUAUCAUGAAUUUCAAUUUCCGCUUUACCUCGCUCAUUGUGAUAGAAACAAUGACAGACUAAUCUCACAGUGAUGUUUUCAAAAUGAACAGGCUUAAUGUUUUCCGAAUCAAUAAAACAAAAGAUAAGUGAACAUCACGGGUUUUCUUCGUACAUAAUGUGGCAAGAAAUAUCACAAAAUUUGUGUAAAAAUGUGUCGGAUACAUUUUUAUUGGAAUACAUGCAUAAAUUCUGUUGUGGCAACCCUCACAAUUCUGGUAGCGAAGGAAAUUACGAAAUUGCGAACCUCAUAGAAAGGAGCUGGAAAGAAUGGGGCUGGCCUGUUGUCGACAGACAAGAAUUUUAUGUGACUCUACCUUUGGGCCCUCCUGAAAAUGGUCCAUGGAAUGAGGUUCUUCUUACCAACUCGGACGGUACCGAAGUCAUACACAGAGCUCAAAAUAGUGUUACUGUUCCAUCGAAGUCUGAAAUAUGCUCUCAAAAUGUAACUGUUGACAACUCCGGCAGUAAGCAGUUACCUGUUUAUCAGGCUUAUUCGUGCUCUGGUGUGUCGUUUGGAUAUUUGGUAUUUGUGAACUAUGCAAGACGUAAGGAUUUGCUGUUGUUUGAUAAAUUGCAAGGCCGAAAAAAGGGUGAACCUAGUCAUAUAUGUAACAAGAAUUUGAUUGUUAUUGCUAGACUGGGCAACGGAACUCGACAAUCCAAGUUAAAAAAUUUAAUGGAACACUGCACUUGUGGUCAAAAUAAUACUUCACUUCCUGACCACCAUCCUGGCGCUCUUAUUCUGUAUCCUGAUCCACAAGAUUUUGCUGCAGAUGGUCUAGUUUAUCCUAAUGGCAAAGGGCUACCAGGGGAUGCUCCUGUAUUUGGUCAUAUGAAUAUGAAAUAUGCUGGCGGUGGUGACUCGACCUGCACUGGAUUUCCAUCGCUUCCCCAUAUUUAUCGAACUGAUACACUUGUACAAGGUGAUGCCCUUACACAGAUUCCUGUUCAACCUGUUGGUUAUGAUGAUGCCAAAAUAUUUUUAUCGAGCUUAGAGGGACCGACUAUCCCUAAUGAUUGGGAUACUCGUUUGGCGACUCAUUUGGGACCAUCAACUAAAACCUGUUUAAAAGUUGUAGUACAUAAUCAAAUCUCUAAAAACCCAGUGAAGUUAUGUAAUAUAGUGGGUAUAAUGCCGGGUGAAAUAACACCCACUUCAACUGAAUCUGAUCAAUAUAUAAUUAUGGGUAAUCAUCAUGAUUCAUGGGUACAAGGUGCUUGUGAUCCAGGAUCAGGUAUGGUUAUUUUACAAGAAAUCGCUCGAAUUCUCGGUGAGGCUUAUCGUAAUGGUUUCAAACCUCGUCGUACGAUAAUUCUUGGUUCUUGGGAUGGAGAGGAAUUUUCUGUCUUGGGUUCAACACAUUUUGUACAUAAAUCUGAAUAUGAACUAUUGUCUAGAUGUGUUGUUUACAUCAAUUCAGAUUGUCCAGUUAAAGGUCAUAAAGACUUUUCAGCUCGAACCGAUAGUUUAUUAAUUGAUAGUCUUAUAAAUGCCGCAAAACUAGUUCCAGUUGACCCACCAAUAAAUAUGCAAUCAUUCUAUGAUGAAUGGUUAAACAAUAAAAUGAGUGAUGAUAAUGAACCUGUAAUCACGUCUCUUGGUGGUGGAUCGGAUCAUAUACCUUUUGCCUAUCGUUUAGGGAUUCCAUCAACAUAUCCAGAAUUUCUACCAGACGAUGGCUUAUACAAUACACCAGUUUACCACACUGCUUAUGAUAUUAUUGAUGUUGUAGAAAGAUUUACUGAUCCUGCUUCACUUACAGGUCACUUGCCUCGACAUAGAUUAAUUACUCGUUUAAUAUUAACUCUUAUCAUACAGUUUGCAUAUACUCCACGUCUACCACUGUCAAUAUUGAGAUGCUCACAAUGUUUAUUGGAUGAUUGGUUGAAAUUUAUGGAGUUGGUAACUCAUCAAAUACCUAAUAUUUCAGAAUAUGGUGUGAAUCUAGAUUGGGUUUUGGAAGAAAUCCAGAAGUUUAAGAAGUCAUCUCAAGAUUUUGAAGAUUUUGCAAAUACUGUGGAGCGAAAUUGCACUAGUUUUCCCUCCUACCUCAAUCGUAUACUUGUUGGUGUUUCUAAACAUUUUGUGGCUGCUGGUCAGUGUGAAAAAUCAUCUUUAAAAAAUGUCAUCCAAGGAACUGCUGGUUAUAAAUCAGUUUAUUUUCCUCAUGUAAAAUCAUCAUUUAAAAAUCUUAAAAUCUCAUAUGAUAAAUGUAAGACAAAAACUUUAAAUUCAACAGAACUGUACGAUUUCAAACUGGAACUUUCAAAUGUUUUGAAUUGUUUACAACAACUAACUAAUUGGCUUCGAAAUAGUUGGAUUGGUUUAACUAACUCUUCAGUAGCAUUAUGAUAGUUACUCUUCAUAUUCACUUUUAUAUGGAAUUUAGUAAAAACUCUCAUACUUAUAAUGUCAGUGUAUUACACUUUUACUUUCAGAAUAUAUUUUGUAGUUGCAAGUGAUUUUUCUUCAAUUUAAAGCAAUGGAUGUUAUGUGAAUUCCAAGAGUCGAGAAAGAGUAAGAUGAUAGAACAGUCCUGAGCAUAAUUAAUUUAAAUUGUUGACCCGUUGCUCUUUAAUACCCGUGUCAGUUAUUCUGAAACUAUUUCUUCUGACUUCAGUGCUUGAACUUUGAUUUUUAUGUGAAAAUAGUUAAGUUUGUUGGUGAUUCUACUAAAGGUCGCUACUUGUCCUUGUUAUAUGUUAGUAAUCUAGUUUACUAUUAUUAUUCAGUUUAUUUAGUUAUUUAUUUAAACACAUAAAUAU